AUGCCGGACAUUAUUGAUGUAGAAAAGCUAGCAGCGACUUACUUCGCUGAUGUGUCGUCCAAACUGAGGCAACUAAACAAAAGCUCGUCAGAAAAUAUUGUUCCCACACUUGCUAUCGUGCGGACUGGCAAAGUAAAGUACGAAGAUAUUGCUCUAGUGGACCAUUUGGAACAAGCGAAAGAGUUUGGAUUCGAUAUCAGACUUAUCACCUUGAACGGCACUUCCCACAACGAUGUGGAAAACGUGAUCGAGGAACUGUCCGAUGACUACAGCAUCGAUGGCAUUGUCCUUCAGGUUGGCAUGGAGGAAACAAAAAACAUGCAAGAAAUUUUCGAGAACAUUACUCCUUGCAAAGAUGUUGCGGGCGUGACGAGUGCUAAUGUUGCCAACGUUUUGGAAGGGAAAUCGACGAACAGCGUGCUACCUUGCGUUCCUAGCUCAUGCAUGCAAAUUAUUCACCAAUUUACUGGCAAUCCAAGCUAUCUGAAAGGAAAACGCGCGCUUGUAUUGAUGAAAUGUAAAACAUUUGGCAAUCAAAUGGCAGCACUGCUUGUCCAGAACCAGUGCAUUACAACAAUCUAUCAACCUUCCACUGACGAUGUUCAGGAAAUGUGUGGGCAAGCUGAUGUUCUGAUUGUGAAUGUUCAAAAUGCAAAUUUCAUCAAAGGUCAUGGUUUUUAUGUGUUUUUGUUAUAG